ACCACUCCCACUCCUGUCACAUAACGAAGCAUGCAAUUAACACGGCGUAAACAAACACUUAUUAGUGCCAAAAUUCUGGAAUAUGCGCUGAAAAUUUGCAGAAAUUAGUCUUCAAAUGGAUAUUUUGAUCGAAAUUUAGUAAAAUUCUUAAUGAUCAGCUAAGGACUUCAAGCCAAAAUGUUUUCCAAGGAGCCACGAAUGAAGCGUUACACGGAUUUUGUGAAGAGAACUGCCGCCAGCAACGAAUUCCGGAAAGACUGUGAGAGGACCAAUGAAUACUUCAAAUUCUGGGACAUUCAGACUUCCAAGCAGAAAGACUGGACUCGUCCUGAAUACUACCAAUCAAGAGUGAACAAGCAAAAGGAGACCGAACAGAACAGCCAGAGAGAGGCAAAUUUGAACAGGAGACGGAAAAAUUUGUCUCACAUGCUGUACGAAGAGAAUGUGGCUUUGAACGAAGAGCUGCAUAAAAUGUUCGAAUGGAAUGAUCUGAGUGACAAGCAGCUCAAGAUGAAGUUUGACGAUUUGGUUGCCAAGAAAAAGGAGGCCAGAAAGGCUGAGAUUGAGCAGUUGUCUCGUGUGAAUUCUGCCAAAAGUCAAACUUCUCUGGAGCCAGAAAUGGAAAAAUCUGACAGCCUCACCUUGAAAGAGCUUCGACACGCCAUCGCCCUGGAGGAUGAGGAAAGAAAAAAGCGUGACGAGCAACUGAGAUUGGCCAGCAUCAACAUCGAAGACGCUCUUGGUAGACUGAGGGAAAAUGAGAUCAACGUUGCUGCCCUGAUGAGUCAGGAGGCCAUUGCCAGCAAAAUGGAGCAAGAGUUAUUUGCAAUCGACCAGGAAAAGGUGAAGAAGGAAAAGCAGCGGACAGAAUUCUUGGCUCCGAAAAGCAGCUACGAACGGCAGGUUGUGUUCAACCUCCGUAGGAAGGCUAGUCAAGUGCUGCAGGAAAUCGAAGAGGACCGAGCCCUGCUCCAGCGGGUGCAGAAAGCCUCUGAGCAGGCGUCCCUGUCAGACGACAUCCAGAAGGAAAUGUACCUGAAGGUCAACAGCCUCUUGAAAAAAAUGACUGAGCAGGCUGAAAGGGAAAAGAGGGUGGCCAACCAUUGCGCCAACAUCUUCCAGGAAGAAGCUCGGAACGAGCUGAAGGCUUGCGAGCAGCGAUGGCAGACGGAAAAGGCUGAGAGACAGCAGCAGUUGUCACAGGUGCUGGCUGAGUGGCAGGCCCACGCUCGUGUCAGACGAGAGGCUGUCACUUUGGAAAGACAGAAUCUGGAGGCCGAAUGCAAGGCCCUGAUUGAGCUCACCAGGGUGCACCGAGACGCUGGAAAGGCAAUGUACAAUUUGAAGAACACCAUAGUGAAGCAGCUCGGCGAAAAAGGUGAAGCUGGACUGGAAAAAGAGUAGCUGGUCUCACAAAAGCCUUCAAGAGUGCCUUACCAACUAUUGAGAUAAAAUUUGAACAAAUUCACAAAAACUACGACUAUUUUUCUACCAAACUAAUGCGUGAUCGAAAAUUAUUUUGAGAAAUGAGAGUGGAACCAAAGUUUGAACAAUAGAUUUACAAGAUAAUUAAAUUAAUAAAGAUUCAUGAUUUAAAAUUUUGAAUA